AUGGCCUCUAGGAUUGCCGUCUCUUCCCUCCGGGCGUCAGAUGGUGCAGCCUCCCGAGUCAGGCCUCAGGCCGUCUCCGCUGUCCCCCGGGUCCUCGCCGCUCGGGGUAUGGCCAGCUCGUCCAAACCCCCACCGGAAGAGCGCGCCGCGGAAAUCAUCAACACCCUUCCUUCAUCCCCCAACCUCAUCACGAAAACCGGCUCCGUCGUCCUUGGCACGGGUCUCCUUGCUACCGCCAUCUCCCAGGAGCUAUACGUCGUGAACGAGGAGACCGUUAUUGCUGCUGGUUUCUUUAUCCUCAUCUCGUUCAUCUACAAGGCGGUGAAGGAGCCCUACAAGGAUUGGGCUGAGGGCCACAUCAAGCGUGUCCGUGACAUCCUCUACGCGUCACGCGCUGAGCACACCCAGGUGGUCAAGGACCGUAUCCAGUCUGUUGAGCAGAUGAAGGAUGUUGUCUCCGUCACCGAGGGUCUCUUUGCGCUCUCCAAGGAGACCGCGCAGCUCGAGUCUGAGGCGUUCGUCCAGCGCCAGAAGGUCGCGCUCGCCGCGGAGGUUAAGGCUGUUCUCGAUUCGUGGGUCCGCUUUGAGCAGCAGGCCAAGGAGAGCGAGCAAGCCGAGCUCGUCAAAUCUGUCGUCGACUCCGUCCUCAAGAGCCUUAGCAACGAGAAGACGCAAAAGGACAUCCUCGCCUCCGCUGUCGUUGAGAUCGAGCAGCUCGUCAAGAACAAGGCUAUUUAG